GACGUCAGUUUUACGCGGGCCAUCGUUAAGUGUUGACGUAUUUGUGCCUUUCCUACAAUCGACAAGCACGUAAACUAUUUAAUCGAGACACUCAUCAUGAUAUCAAGCAGUAAUAUCCUUUCACGUGAUAACUUUAUUAAUAAAUGAGUAUUCAAUACGCGAUGGAGGGUUUCCUACAUCACAUGGCGCCGCAGUUUCUGCAUCCUGCCUUGCAAAGCUUUGGAUGUGGUGCAUUUCGGCCCAUCGGUGGUGCUUUUCAUCCCCUCUACCCUGGUAAAGCAUUCGCCAGACACCUGGGAGAACAGUACGCGCUUGGACAAAGCGUUGGACAGGCCCUCAGGAAUGUUCGUGAUGACACCAACACUCCGCCGUUAUAUCGGCACAGCUAUACUGUACGAGACGACACCAGUUCACCUGGAUCUGCAGCCUCAGCAUCUCCAAGACCCUGCAAGGAUGAUGAGACGACACCUGCUACUCCCUGCUCUGACUCCCAUGACCUAUUUUCACCGGACGGGGAACGAAAGUCAUCUUGUGGAGUUUGCGGCACCAGGCUUGGUCCUGGAGUUGCUCAAGCCCACUUUUUACAAGAGCUUCAGCAUCUUUAUAGCCUGACAGCCUUACCUAGGGAUGUGGCCGCACCUCCUACUCACUCGCUUCAUCAUCAAGAUGAAGAUGCUCGUUGGGAGACGUAUCAACGAAUCCGUGCAAACCGCCAGCGGCGUCUUAAACUGCGUACCCGCAAGCGUCAUCACACAGUGGAAAGUAUGUUGGGCUACGAUUUAGAAGAUGAGCGGCGAGAGGAGAGACCGCGUGAAACAAGGUCCUAUGAUGCUGAAGACGAACCUGUUGACGUUGAGGGUGACUCCUUGGGAUGGCCAGAAGCGGCGAUCAAUAUUGACGAUAAAGAACAGCAUGGCGAUAACGAAAAACUACAUUUGAACUAUUCAGAGGAUUUAGAAAUAUCGAGUACUAACGAUGCGAUGCAGUCGCCUGAACGAGUGAGUUCUGUACCACGAAUGGAAACUCCAAAACCGUUAUCUCUUGAAUGCACAAAAAUUGAAACAGCCGAGCGUCCGGCCGAAGUGACAACUACUGAGUGGGCCAAUGGACCUCCGCCGGAGAACUGGCCAACUUUGACCGAAGCGUACGUGCAUGCUCGUCACAAAUUGGAAGGCGAGAUGCCUUCUUCCACCGAUUCACGCAACUAAACACUUCACUGGCUCUUUCUCGUGUAUGCGAUCGAUCACUUCGUAGAUAAUCCGUAGCCGAUUGUAGACAUCACUCAAAUACCUUAUUACGUUAAUUCUGCGGUUAUAAUUGAGAUUUGAGCAUAAAACAACAUUAAGUAUGCUUCCAGAAAUCACACUUAGCACAAGUCUCGACUCGCUAGAAUUGUUAAAAAUUGAAAACAUUAGAAACCGUAUUCUUAUGUAUGUACACGAGAAUUAAUCCUGGUCAAUUAAAUCUAGCCUCAAUGGAGUAAAAUUAUUUAACUAUUUUUACUCAUAGCUUAAAGAAAUGCCCAUGCUAGCUUCGAAUUAUUAUUGUUUAAUCUGUGAAUUAUUAAUCGUAGUUAAAGCCAAAGGAUUCUAAUUAACGCUAUUACUAAUCCCCUUUGUAUUAUAGUCUCAUUAUUGCUGUAUUAAUAAAACUUACCAGAAAAAACUGGAACCGUAUGUCGGUUUUUGUUGCUGUUGUUUUUACGUCAAAUUAGUAAAAAUUAACUAGAAUUAUAUACUCAAUUACUAAUAGACACUACUUUAGUAAAUAUGUGUAUCUAAUAAAUUAUAUCAACACUUACAUGUUUAUAGAUUUAAGGUUUCUAAUGGGCUAAUGUGUAGAAAAUAUGAUUUGUCUUCCUUUAAAUAUAGCACUCAGAUAAAUUAUUAAAUAGUUUCUUUGUAUAAUAAAAAAUUUACACUUCCAAUUAUACACGACCCAACUUUGUAAGUAGCGCGAUUUACGUAAAAACAAUAAUUUAUCUGAGUGCAAAAAUAUUGUAAAUAUAUAUGUAAUGCUUUGUAUGUUAAAAUAUCUGUUCGUAUUAUAUGCUAUUUAUUAAUUAGCAAUUAAUCUCAUUCAUAAAAACUAAACCAAGUAAUAUAGUUUUCGUCUGUAAAAUUGUCAACCUUUGUAUCUCAAGUUAUCCAGUAUUAAUAGUAUAUGUCAAAAACGUUGUGACAUACUGCUAGUCCCUGAAUUUUUCGUCGAUUAAAGCAUUGUAGACGAGUUAGUUUUUAUGGAACAGAGAUAAGUAUGGAACUAUUAACUUUUCUUGUUGAUGUUUAAUCUACUAUAUUAAGGUCACUUAUCGUUUAAUAAAUUUUAAAAUUUUAA